AUGGCGAUCUAUACGCUGGCUGACCUAUAUGUGCCCCCACGGCGAUCGUCCUCGAUCCCUCGUCAGUACCACCGCAUGGCCGCCGCAGCGCGACAGGACCACCGCUUCUCUCUCGCCGAUGCAGCGGACCUGAAGCCCAAACUCCAGGCCCUGGACAAGUCCCUAGCUGGCACAUGCACCGGCCACAGCAGGGAGCUGGAUUUUACCAGCAUCGAUGAUGCAGUUAACAUGCAGCCUCCUCAUGUUGCCGUCUACGUCGACGGCUCAGAGGAAUUUUUUCUCAUGGUGAAGACUAUCUCGCGACCAGACCUCAUCCCCAAAGUCUUGGCCGAAGCAAUCAAGGCCAUGUCCCAGGGCCGGCCAUAUGUAAAUAUACAACGCACCUCAGACUUCAAAAAGGGCGCAGAUCCUACUUUCUCCGACUUCCGCCCUAUGCUGCCAGACAUUGAUCGCCUAUGCGGAACUGAUCUUGCCGGCGUCGUCGCCAGGCUCGAAGCUCAAGGCAAGCUGAGGGUUCCGUCCAGAGAGCAAUUACCUGAGCUUCGCCUGCAGGUGUACUCGUACGUUCUGCCUGAACACCCUCGCGGUAUUCUCCCGCCCUGGUGUCGCAAAAGCAAUGGCCGACGCCUUGCUCUCAUGCGCGUCAACAAGCAACUGCACAGUGAAGUGCGGAAACAUUACUAUGAGAAUGUGAAUUUCUUGAUUGCAACCGUUUUCCAACUGGAAAACACGUCCUUAUACGAAGACAACACCAUUUCUAUCCGCCAGUUAAUAGAGAGUAUGGAUUCUAACAUCUUUCCUCUGAUCAAGCAGCUUUCCGUACGCAUAAAUGGUUCCUCGGUUCAGGAAACUCUUCGUACAGGGUCUAGAUCGCCUCCAUUUGCCUUAAAGUACAUAUUUGAUACAUUUCCAGGCCUUCAGCAACUCACUAUCACGUUCGGUACCGCGCCCCGUUCUAACAUGUGGGUGGGACAAGAUCAGGAGUCUAUCCAAGGCAAGUACAUGGAUGAGAUGAAGACGCGCUUCAUCAAAUACAUCCCGCCAUCGAUCAAAGUGUCUUGGUGGCACGAAGAUGCAGCAAGAUUCUUCAACAGCGACAUGGUCGAGAAGUCCUUAUGGAGCGCCAUACAAGAGCGAGCAUCAACAUACACAGACGACAGCGUUAACACUUCAUCUUGA